AUUAUCCGAAAACCUCUUGCUUCCCCACAGUAACAGAAACCUAUGGGCGAUCGCAGAGGAUGUUUCCUCCCCCAUCGGUGACUUUCGAUACCUUGAGCUGUUCGCAAAGCACAAACCAAAAGCGGAGCCAGCCUCAGAGAGGGCUUGUGAAUAACAGAGAAUCAGGGUCGACUACUUCAGAAAACCAAAAACAGAGAUGGUGAAAAUGGCGGACUUGGGCCGAUUCCACGCCCUAUUUCAAGGCUCGUCGGAGGAGUUUUGGCGGGAAAACGUUUAUGGGGGAUGGGCUACUCUUGUGGCUGUGCUUAUUAUCUUGGCUUGGCAGUGUUUCAAGGGUUUUUUGUAUAAGAAAACGUCUUCUUCCUCUGCUUCUUCAUCUACAGUUGGUGUCUCUGAUUCAAAUCCCAUUGCUUCUGGCUCUGGGGGUUCACAGACUAGAGUCUCGGAAAUGGUAACAGAUGCAGAUUUGAAGUUUCUGAUUGAAAAUUUGGACGAGAAGAUCGGUCAGAAUAAGAAAUGGGACAAUGUCAUAGAGAAAGGAAAUGAUCUUCUAUACUACAGUGCUAAGUGCUGCAAGCCUAAGGUUGGUCCUGUGAAGUACUUGAGUGUGACAAUAUUUGAGGACUGCACACCUGAGAUGCUUAGAGACUUCUACAUGGACAAUGAAUACAGAAAGCAAUGGGAUAAAAUGCUGAUUGAGCAUGAACAGUUACAUGUGGACAAAAACAAUGGGGUUGAAGUUGGCCGGACAAUAAAGAAGUUUCCACUGUUGACACCUAGAGAGUAUGUAUUAGCUUGGAGACUGUGGGAGGGAAAAGAUAAAACAUUCUACUGUUUUGUCAAGGAAUGUGAACAUUCUUUGGCACCACGGCAGAAGAAGUAUGUGCGUGUUAGUACUUUCAGAUCUGGUUGGCGAAUCAGAAAAGUACCUGGUAGAAAUGCCUGCGAGAUCAAAAUGUAUCACCAAGAAGAUGCUGGUUUAAACGUGGAGAUGGCAAAACUGGCCUUCGCGAAGGGCAUAUGGAGUUACGUAUGUAAGAUGGAUAGUGCACUACGUAAAUAUUCUACAAUCAGCAAUGAUCAAUCAAGUUCUGCUGCCACUGCAGUCACUUUGAUAAAAAAGGUCCCCCCUGGAUUACAGGCCAUGGAUAGCAAUGGAGCAAACUCUGCAGAACCUAUUGUUCACAGACCAGUUACUGGUGGGGAGAGGAAAUUGUCAAGAAGACCAUCAAAAAAAUUGCUAGCCAAUGGCUUGCUGCUUGUCGGUGGUCUGGUCUGCCUAUCUCGUGGUCGCUCAAGCCUGGGUGCAAAGGUUGCCAUGGCAUAUAUCUUGACCAAACUGAACAAGCGUGGUGUUUCAUCAAGUCAAAAUGGGGAUAUUGCAGGCAUAUGACGUUGGCAUCACAACUAAUUUUGGAGGGCCGAGUAAAGGUUGUAUAAAUUAUCGACAGGGUCAUCAACUACUCGAAAACUAAACCCAGGACGGCACAUGUCAAAGGCAAUCAGCUCAAAAUGCGUUGGACCUCAGAAGUGUUGUUCUUACCUCACCAAUCCUUAAUAAGUUGAAUAAUACUUGCACCCUGUUCAACUGUGCCUGUUUGCUGGCAGCACAUUUGGUGUCCUACCAUGAGAAUGAUCUAGCAGCCUGAAUGUGAAGUUGUGAACAAAGCAACAGAUGUCUCUUCUGGUUAAACUUUCUUUUUCCUGUUAAAAGCUCUCAUGGCAUUGAAAAAGAGAAGGAAUGUACAUAUUAUUUAUUUAUUUUUAUUUGGAGAGUAUUAGAAAAUUUUUACUUUCUCUAACUUUUGUAAAAUUUCACAUUCUGUAGUUACGCUGGAAAAUUAAUGAUGAAAGUAUAUUUCCUUGUCAUACAA